GUCUGGGACGAGAUGGUGUUGGUGGUGGUGCCCAGGCUGGUGGUAUCUCUGCUGCUACUCCUCAGGGCCCUGCCCACGGAGGCCUACUCCGUGGCCCUGCAGGCUGCCUUCCUGGAGGAUACAGGGGGCAGCGGGGAGGCUGAGGGCUCAUCGGCGUCCUCCCCAAGCCUCCUGCCGCCCCGGACCCCGGCCCUCAGCCCCACGUCGGUGGGGCCCCAGCCCACGCCCCUGGCAGGCCCCAAGCCCCCCACCAACUUCCUGGACGGGAUCGUGGACUUCUUCCGCCAGUACGUGAUGCUCAUCACCGUGGUGGGCUCCCUGGUGUUCCUGCUGAUGUUCAUUGUCUGUGCCGCGCUCAUCACCCGCCAGAAGCACAAGGCCUCAGCUUAUUACCCCUCGUCUUUCCCCAAGAAGAAGUACGUGGACCAGAGUGACCGGGCCGGGGGGCCCCGGGCCUUCAGUGAGGUCCCCGACCGGGCUCCCGACGGCCGGCCCGAGGAGGCCCUGGAUUCUUCCCAGCAGCUCCAGGCUGACAUCCUCGCUGCCACCCAGAACCUCAAGUCCCCCGCCAGAGCUGCCCCGGGCAGCGGAGAUGGAGCCAGGAUGGAGGGCAAGUCGGAGGGAGAGGAGAGCGGCGGCCGGGAGGCGGACCAGGAGGCCCAGGGACGUGGGAGCCCAGCGGAGAAACCAGGGGUCCUGGAGGAGCCGGGCACGGCGGUGGCGGAGGGGGCCCUGGAGGCCGGCCAAGGCCAAGGCGAGCCGGAAGUGGCUCCUUCGUUAGCCCAGGAAGCCAGGGGAGCCGCUGGUCCCCCUGAGAGCCCCUGUGCUUGCAGUGUCGUCCCCAAGGUCUAA